AUGGCUGACAAAGUUCUUCUUUUGCUUUGCUCCUCUGCGAAAAUUGAAAGAGAUCGGGGAUGUGUUGAAUUGGAAAAAUUUCUAGAGGACAAAAAUGAAGAAGAAGUCAAAGAUUUUGAAGAUAAGCUGCUGAAAAUCCUGUCGGAUGCGUCUUCUUCUUGGGAAUCAAAACAUGGAGGACUGAUGGGAUCCAAAUCCAUUUUGCUACACAAACAUUGCAGUGGGAGUUUUCCAGAUAAAAUCAGACAACAUUCUAUCGGUUUGCUUGAGGACGAAGAAUUUAGAGUUCGAAUUGCAGCAGGGGAAGUACUGGGUGUAUUAUGUAAGAAAAUAGGAAGUGUAGUUUAUUCAGAAACCAAAGAUAAAAUACUAGAAGGCAUCAGGACGAAUUUAGAAAGACAAAUCUUUGAGGAUGACAGCACUGAUGAUUCUACUGCAAAAUUAGCAGGAAAACUGGCACCUGAAAGUUCCAACGAAUCUCCUGCAAGUAAUGGAACCAGACAAAGGAGAGAUAGUAAAGACGCUGCCCAGAUAUUUCAUGAUACAGCCGGGUGGAAAUCUCUAGAAACUUGGAUGAAAUGUUUACAAAAUGUAAUUAAUGGAUGUGGUUAUAGUUUUAAUAAAUUUGUUGAUCAAGAACUGCUAGAUCUGAUAUUUAGUUCAUUAACUCAUACUAAUAGAUUUGUACGAGAAACAGGAUAUUAUGUCUGCUCUUCUCUGGUAGCUUGUGGCUUUAAUGAUCAAGUUAAGGCAGAUGAAGGGAUAAAUAAAUUAGAAGAGAAUGCUAUCUAUCAACAUGGUGAACAAUUUGCGGAAUAUCUUGGAAAAGGAUUAUCAGAUAAUUGGAGUCAAGUGAGACUAGCUGGGUCAGUGGCUACGAGAAAGUUUUUAUCCAGUUUACCAUCUGAUGAAAUACGAGAGAAAUAUUAUCCAGACCUUUUACCUCGUAUGUGUUUAAACAGAUAUUAUGUAGCAGAGGGAGUAAGGAUUUAUUCUCAAGACACCUGGAAAACCAUAACUCAUGGUGAAGGGAGAAAUUUGGUCGAGCGCCAUAUUGGAGCUGUUGUAGAUUAUUAUAUAAAACAGAGUGAUGCUGAUAAUCAUGCUGUACGAGAAGCAGCUUGUGCUUGUAUUGCAGAAUUAGGACUCAAGGCCAAGAAAGAGGUUGUGAGUCCAUACAUCAGUCAAUUAUUAGAUGCUUUAAUUAUCUGUUUUAAUGAUGAUAGUUGGCCUGUACGAGAUGCCGCGUGUGUUGCCUGUGGUAAUUUUAUCAAAUGUUUCCCGGAUGAAUCCAGAUCCUGUAUGCCAGCUUUAUAUCCUCUAUUUUUCACCAAUCUACAAGAUAGUAUAUCAUCAGUUAGACAGGGGGCUGCUCUAGCUCUGACUAAUGUCUUUAAAGCUUAUGGAGAAAAUAGUCAGGAGAUGAUACUAAGUAAAAUAAAGGAAGGAUUAGAUGGGGUGGAGAAACAGCCGUCAGUCAGUGAGAAAUACAGUGAUCUAGAGAAAGGACCGGCAACUUACGGGGUGGUGAAAAAACUACGAGACAAUGAUAUGGAACUUCAUACAGACAAACAGAUGUAUUCUUGUGGGUCUUUGGCACCAAAAAUGGGACGAGGAUCAAGUAAUAAGAGUGGAGGCUGUAUGGAUCAUAAAUUCCGUAAACCCUCGGAACCCUGGGAACUAGCCGACGGGUGUAUUUAUAUCGUCUUAGAACUAUCUAGAAUACAAACAGUACACCAACCGCUGUGUAAACUGUUAACUAAUCUAGUGAAAGCUGUUUCUUACCACCAUUAUCCACAACAUGUUGUUUUACUGGAGACAUUGUGUAAACAGUUACCAGGGAUUGCCCGUGGUUUAGGUAAAAGAUUAUUUAAGAUGUAUAUAGAGAUGUUUCUAGAUUCUAUUUUUUAUAGCCUGAAAUGUGAUAAUAUAUUAACAUCAAACGCAGCGAUCCAGUGUUUAUUAGAACUGAAUGAGUUAAUAGGACCAGCUAUAUUCCGUGGUCGUAUUGAACAAUAUGAUAGCAGAUAUUUACAAGAAUUAAAUAGAGUUGUCCCUCCUGCAGCACCAAUGUAA